GACUUGGAUGGCCUCCUGUCAGUACAGAUUUCAUUUCUUUUGGUCUCCGUGUCGGCACUCCACUGUUCACCUUCGCCUACACUCAUGACCAGACCAACUACUCCCCUCGGUCGAUAUAUCCGUCCUACCACACUGCGUAUGACAACAUGGAUCUCAUGGAGAGGUUUGUGGACCCAGACUUCACUGUUCAUCGGGCCAUGACCCGUAUAUCAGGUGAGCUGGUCCGAAGACUAGCAGAUGCCCUGGUACUACCUUACGACUGUCGGAAAUACGGACGAAGUUUGAGCAAGUUUCUGCAUGAAACGGAAGAGGAUUUCGGCUCCAUGUUACGGAAUCAAGACAUCAGUAUCGACGCGUUACGUUCAGCCGUCUACAACUACAUAGCAGCGGCAGAAGGCUUCCAAGAUCGGGUACAAGCAAUCGACAAGAAGGAUCCUAUUCUGGUCCGGAGUCUGAACGACCAGAUGGUCCAGGUCAACACAGCUUUCAUUGAUAUCCAGCAGCCGCAUCACUUCAACAAACAUGUUCUCUAUUCGCCAUCGGGGUGCGCAACGAACAGCAGCGCCGCUUUCCCCGGCAUAGUGAGGACGAUGUGCGGCGGACCAGUGAACGAUGACGGUUGGGAGGAAGUUAAGAAGGAAGUGGCAGCGAUAACGUCUACCAUCCAGUCAGCCGCUGACGUCAUCAGUGACGUAGACAGUAUCUUGGGGCCAUCCUAAGUAUAUAGGUGUUUUGACUCGCUAUAGCUAGUGACAACAGAAAGUCUCACUGCCAGGAGGCGGGGGCCUUACUGCUGUGUUCUAGAAUUCAACAUCAUUUUCAGAAUAAAGAUUGGUU